GGCAUUUGCACAGCAACCUGCGUACGAUAUGAAUCCGGAAAUGGAAAAAUACUAUGCCACUAACAAAUUAUUUUUGUCACGAAUUGGUGGUUGGCCGUAUCAGCGUAAAGUAAUGAAAACAUUGAUACCAUGUCUUUUCACAAUGGUGCACUAUUCUACUUUAGUAACUCAGGUGCUUCUAUUAUACGACACUUGGGGUGAUAUAGAUAUUGUCGUUGAAUGCACAAUUACUCUUACACCUCUUUUUGCUGCUAGCACGAAGUUAAUUAAUAUCGUUGUGAAUAACGACAAAUUUCAACGACUGUUGCAACUUAUGAACGAACAUUGGGAGUUUUUUAAUAGCGAAUAUGAACGUCAUAUCUUGAGACAUUAUGCUAGUAUCGGUCAAAAAGUAACAAGCUAUUAUGCAGUAUACUUUACCAUAACCUUGAUAUCUUAUUUGUUAAUUCCAUUGAUACCAAGAAUCUUGGAUAUUGUAAUUCCGCUAAAUGAGUCGCGACCAUUAGCAUACAUAUAUCAGGCUGAAUACAGAGUGGAUGAAGAGAAGUACUAUUAUCUAAUCAUAUUCCAUACUUACAUUGUAAGUACAAUUACAACGACAAUUUUAUUCACCGUUGAUACCACAUAUAUAGUGUGUACAUUGCAUGCUUGCAGUUUAUUUACAGCUAUCAGCUGGCGUCUUGAAAAUAUUAUUGGCGAGGCAGACACUAAAUCAGACAAUAAUGAAAAAAUAUAUACAAGAAUGCAUUAUCAUCUAGAGAUUUUCGCGGAGAAACACGGUUCUGCCAACAAUGAUUAUCGUGAAUUAAUAAUGUGCUUGAAAAAACAUCAACUUGCAUUAGAACACGUCAAGACGCUGGACUCCAUAUUCACUCAUGCGACGUUCAUUCUUUUAUCUCUGAAUGUGCUAAUAUUGAGUGUGAUCGGAAUACAGCUUAUCAAUAACUUGACGCAUACUGAAGAGGUAAUAAGAUACGGAUUUAUAACUUUUGCUGCAUUUAUUCAUCUCGUAUGUAUGUGUAUUCCUGGACAAUUGCUGAUAGACCGAAGCACAGACGUUUUCGACAAGGCGUAUGGUUCAUCAUGGUAUACGUUUUCUGUAAAAAGUAAAAAAUUAUUAAGAGUACUUCUUUACAGAAGUCUCGCUCCGUGUACGCUCACGGCUGGAAAGAUGUUCGUUAUGUCCAUGACUAUGUGCAGUUCGGUGAUGCAAACUGCCAUGUCGUAUUUCACGGCCUUUUUGUCCGUAAAAAAAUAAGGAUGUCAUUGCAAUUACAUUUUAUGUAUAUCUUUACAAUAUUAUAAUAUCUAAGAAAGCCAUUAGCCAUCAUUGAAUUUAAAGGAUAAGUGUUAUCGUAAUAAAGCGA